UCACCCCCCACUGUGGAAGGGAGAGGUUGGCUCCAAGGCCCAGCUACUGUGUGCUUCCGACGGCAUCAACAUGAAAGACCUGGCUGUGGAAUGGACCAUAGAUGGUCAGCCCCAGACUACCUCCGAGACGACUGGACAGAUCAGCCAACUGGAAGUCGACACGGCUCUAUGGCGCAAAAGCAGCAAUUACACGUGUAGGGUGAAGUCGGGCAAGACCUGGAUUGUGGAAAGCAUCCAAGUGUGUUCCGACGGUCAUUUCCAAGCACCUCACGUCCAGCUGGAGAGGCCCCGUCUCCGAGACGUCACGACGCGUGACAAGGUUGUUGUGACGUGCAAGGUGGCGGCAGCCAGCGCCAGCAAAGUGGUGUGGUGGGUGGACGAUAAGGAGGAGACGUCGCACGUCACCGAGAAGAGCGAGCACGUGGAAGACCCUGCGAGAGGUCAAGUGCAAGUGGACCACCCGUGCUACCCAACCGAGGAAGCGAUACAAAUAUCAGAGACUGCCAAGCAAAACCCAACAGUUACUAUCAGGAGAUCUUUAGAAGACUUGAAGAAAGAUGGCGGCGCAGUGCUGGAGUGUCUCCUAGGAGACCUGUCCUCCAAUGAGAUCUCAGUGAACCUUCAGGCCAAUGGGAAGGAUCUCCUUAAGACUAGGUUGUAUGUCGAUGUCCCUGUCCAGAAAGACCAGCAAAGCCUAACAGCUGUAAGAUUCACCAUUCCCAAAGACCAGAAAAGCGCGGACAAAAUGUUCGCCUGUAAAGUCAACUUUGCAAACAACCAGAAGAUCUCCAGUCCCACAGGAAAGCUUUUUGCUCCCCCAACACUGGAGUUGUUCUUGGCCCCUGGGUCCAGUUCUACAAAGCUGGUGUGUGUUGGCUCAGGUUUCAACCCGCAGCUGAAGUGGAAGCACACCACUAAGCUCAAGCUGAACGAGAACAGGAAGGUUUUGCUGGAAAAUGACGGUCGCCUCACUGUGACCAUCGAGAUGGACGUCCCACAGAAAGAGUGGCACAAAGGCAUGAACUUUCCCUGUGAGGUGGAAGACCAGGACCAAAAUGUUAAGAACAAAGAGACCAGAGACAUAAGUAUUUGUUCAGUGUCCCCGCACUCUGUGUUUGCGGAUAUUUAUCUCACGGGCCCCUCUCUCAGAGACAAGGACAAGAACAACGUGCCGGUCACUUGUCUGGUGGUCGGCUUCAACAUCUCAGACCUGCCCGUCAUCUGGAAAGUGGGUGGGGAGGUCACCUCCGAGGGACUCACGACGCUGCCUCCGUCCGAAAAUGACAACGGAACCCAGAGCGUACGCAGCGAGCUGAGCCUGCAGGCCAGCACAUGGCACGGACACGCCGAAGUCUCAUGUGAGGUCAGGAGGGCUUGUGACCGCGACGCACUGGCCAGACGCAUCUCAAAAGCAAAAGACAUGCAACGCCCCAGAGUGAGGAUCCUGAGGCCCUCCGAUGCCAAUCUGGUCCAUUCCAACGGUUCUAGCCUGCUGUGCGAGGUCUUGGGCUUCUCGCCAGCCGACGCGAUCGUCCACUGGGAGGCCAACGGCACGCAGCUGCCUACCUCCCGUUACACCAACGGCCCCGUGAGCAGCGAUGCCAAGGCCGGCACGUACACCACGCACAGCAUCCUCCUUCUGCCGCCGUCUCAGCGGCACGAGGGCUCGUUCACGUGUGUGGUCAGACACGAGUCCUCUGCCGAACCGAUCUCUGACACGGUGGAAAACCUGUUUGCCUCAGUGGUACACUCCAAGCCAAUCGUCACCUUGCUGCGGAGGACGGCUGAGCUGGUGUGUCUGGUGUAUGGCUACAGCCCUGAGUCCAUCGACAUCACCUGGCUGAAGAACGGCAUCAGCGUCGAGGCUUCGGACCAGCGAACCGAUCUGCCAUCCAAGGGACCGGACGGGAAGUUCAGCGUCCACAGCCACCUCAACCUGUCGUCCGGCGAAUGGGACAGUGGUGUGAAGUUCACCUGCAAUGUGACUCACAUCACAGGUGCACUGUCUGUCAGCACUUUCAAACCAGAGCCAAAGGACGAAGUGUUGUUUGUUGAUAACAACAUGGCAGACGCUGUUCCUGAGGACACUGUGGCAGAAGCUAUGAACAUGGUCUGGGCUCUCCUCUUCCUUUUUCUCUCCUGUCUCCUCUACAGCUGCACUGUCACUCUGAUUAAGCUGAAAUGAAGGGCUGCACGUAGAAAGCCUGCUCUUGCUAACCCGUGGGAAGAUGGAAAGAAGAUGACUGUGUGAUUAUUUCUUACUUAAAAGCUUCUUGGCGAGUUUAAUCGUUUAGAUGUUUUCUUUUGAAUAGUUAAAUGUUUUCGUAUCAUGCAAUUUCAUAUGACACCUUUUGUCGUCUUGACUUUAGCACUUACUUGUUAUGGAACUGAGAAGUGAAACUUCAAUCUUAAAUGAUUUUAUGCAUACAUGAGUUUAUAUAAAUGAAAGUAUAUAUUGAAUAAAGACAUAUACCCCAGAA